AACGCCGGCGUAUACAUUGUCAAAUAGUGUAUAAAUAUUAAUUUGACAAAAUGUAGCCAAUAUUAUAUAAAAUAAGCGUAAUUUUGUUUGAUUUAGUGCGCUAAAUAGCGGUUAUAUGCAAAACAUUUGCGUUAUUUUGGUCAGGCAAUGCUGUAGGUCUCCCUAUCCGAGUCUUCGCAAGCAAAGGCGCAUAACAUGGAAGCAUAUGUAGUAAUAACGCUAUAACUUGUCUUGACUUAACUUGGUGUUAAACGAUAUGACAAGCGACAAGGUGAACUUGCUUUACAAGUGUUUCGAAAAAUUUAGCAGCGUAAAUGAUGUCUCGACUCGUCAAGAAAUCUCCAUCUGUAUGUACUGAUCUGCCACUGGACGACACUGAUAUUUGUAGUAAGUUUAGAUUGCUGAGGCAGCUUCUGUCAUCUUGUUUUGGUCCUACAGGUAGACUGAAACAAGUUCAUAACAACAUCGGAGGGCACGUUGUUACCACUUCGACCUCCUCGGUUCUCCUUCCAGCCAUUUCGUCCUCACAGCCUCUUGUCAAUCUGAUCAAAACCUCGAUUCUCAACCACGUUUCUCGUUUCAGUGACUGUGGUUUGUUUGCUGCCAUUCUUUGUUUGGAUCUUAUUGAGCAAGCAAAGCAAUCUGGCCUCGGAGGAAAUGUGUCUAUCAGACUGAAUAAGCACUUGCUGAGUCUGUGCACCAGUUACCUCCAACGGGAGGACUGUGGUUGCAAAGUGAAACUGGACUUUUGCAGCAGCCAGAACCUGGUCACAUUAGCUCGCAGUAUUAUCUCCAGCAAACCAGCGUGUGUGCUAACAGAGCAAGAGACACUUCACAUCAGCAAGUUGGCUGUGCAAGCCUUUUUGCUGACUGUUCCUUGUGACAACCCAGGUACAGUCACACUGGGCAGAACAGUGACUGUCCCUGUUGAGGGCCAGUCUGUGCUAAACUCUGCAGUGUUUCCAGGUUUACUGUUGGACAUUACUGAUGCUUUUUGCCUCAACAAGCCAGAGAACCAGAAUCCAAAUCCACUGCGCGUGGUGUUGUUCAGUGCAUCCCUCGCUGGAGACCUUUCUGAACUAGGAGAUGGGAUAAUUGAGGUGCACCCAGGUGUAGACACAGACUCACAGAUCCUGGAUCAGCUCCUGGAGCUCGGCAAGCAGGCAGUUAAAGAUGAGGUGCAGCUCUUUGCAUGCCAGAAGGUCAUCCACCCAGUCCUGCAACAGUACCUGAGGAGUCAAGGCAUUAUUGUGAUAGAGAGACUGGGAAUCACUCUCAUGGAGCCACUUAUUCAGCUGACAGGUGCUCAACCUGUGGCCACGUUACAUACAACACUCCCAGUCAAAGCCUAUGGGAGGGUGAGGGACAUCAGUGUAAGGCAGUUUGGAUCCAAGACAAUGCUGCAUUUACACCCUGCUGGGGAGUCAGCAGUCUGCACAAUGGUCCUCUGCCACAGGAACGAGACAAUGCUAUGUGAGCUGAAGGUGGUGUGCCAGAAAGCAGAAAAUGUGUUGAGGCUCAGCCUAAAGGAACCAUCUGCCUUACUCGGAGGUGGGUGUACUGAGACCCACUUAGCUGCUUACAUCAGACACAAGAGCCUGCAUGAAGUAACAGAGUCUGCGUUAGGGUGCUCACAGACUGAGUACCGUCUUGGUGUGGAGAGAUUCUGCCACUCUCUGGAGUCUGUGGCCACAGCGCUGGAGCACAAUGGUGGGAACUCCUUAAUCGAUCUGACUCAUGCUCACCACUGGACCCUCCCUGCAGAUGUCACAAGAGGACAUAUGGAGGAUAGUUUGGGCUUUUGUGGCUGUGGACUGGUGGGAAGUAGCCCAAGUAAUAAGUGGACUUAUCUCAACACUAAAUACACAGAGUUCUCGCCUGCAACUCUGUCUAGAGACACUACUGUGCAGCCACGCGUGCUGGACUCCUUCACUGCUAAACUCAAUGCAUUACAUGUGGCUGUAGAAACUGCUAAUCUUGCACUAGAUGUGAGAUAUAUAAUUCAAGAUGUGAACUAGUAGAAAAGUUUUUUUUGUCUAGCGUUGGAUUCUAGUUUGUUAUGGUCAAAGUGAGGAAAGAAAGCUGUUUUCACUUUUCAGAGGCACAGUUCAGGUACCUUUAUCCUAUUGCUGUAGUCUUAUGCUUAACCUCUAUGUUAAGUAAUUGACUAAUUUGUCAGUAAUAUUACUAAAAAAAUACAGAUUACUAUUAAUAAUCUGUCACCUUUUUGUUAAUUUCAUCUGUACAGGCUAUCCAAAAAACGUUUCUAAUUCAAUUCAUUCAAUUUAAAAGGACUUUUUAAUGAUAUCUGAGAGAGUAUACAAGUUUGAUUUACAAAAAUGAAGCUUCUAUGGAGCAAUUUAUCAAACCAUCACAAUAUCCUGUUUGUGCUGCAGCUGCCUUUGGUCAGCACAAGGAGGUGCUGCAACAGAUGCAGCCACACUGUAUUUUUUUGCCAACAUAGACUAUAAAUAUCUGAAGUUACAAUCAGAGUAAUGAGAUAUGCUGUUAUAUACAUUAGUUUUGCAUAUUGUGGAUAAAAAUAAACCGUUAUUUCUUGUCACAAAUCUCUUCCUAUGUGCACCAAGUUAUUCUGUCAGUGUCUGUUUGCAGGUUUCUAAUGGUGUUGUAUAAUACUAUGUAGUAAUAGCUAUGUUUGACUGCAAGCAAAACACAUUCUUCCAGUAAAAUGACUGUAAUUUUCUGCUUAAAAAUACACCAACAGGAGAACAGAUUUCUUUGCUUAUCUUCUGCUGUCAGUUCAACUACUGCCUGUCCUGACAAGAUGUCCACCGGGUGCUUUUUCUCUCAGAAGAUGAAUGGAAUUAAAGCCUUUCGUAACUUGG